AUGCCGCCCGGUGCUGCUUCCCCUGCAGCUGGUUUUAGGGGCCGGGACAGUGACCACGGAGGCCGGGACGCGGUGGGUGCAGAAUACACGCUAGAAGGUGCUGUUUCGAGGGCUCUAGAGGUCAUCGGAGUCCUGGAUGAUUGUUUGUGUGAUAUUGAUAGCAUCGAUAACUUUAACACCUUCAAGAUCUUCCCCAAAAUUAAGAAACUGCAAGAGCGAGACUACUUCCGUUAUUACAAGGUUAAUCUGAAGCGACCGUGUCCUUUCUGGGCAGAAGAUGGCCAUUGUUCCAUAAAAGACUGCCAUGUGGAGCCUUGUCCAGAGAGUAAAGUUCCAGUCGGAAUUAAAGCUGGGAGAUCGAAUAAGUACUUGAAAGUGGCAAACAAUACCAAAGAAUUUGAAGAUUGUGAGCAAGCUAGUAAACUGGGAGCAAUUAACAGCACAUUAAGUAAUCAAAGCAAAGAGGCUUUCAUCGACUGGGCGAGAUACGAUGACUCACAGGAUCACUUCUGUGAGCUUGAUGAUGAGAGGUCUCCAGCUGCCCAGUAUGUGGACCUGCUGCUGAACCCAGAGCGUUACACUGGCUACAAAGGGCCGUCUGCGUGGAGAGUGUGGAACAGCAUCUACGAAGAAAACUGUUUCAAGCCUCGAUCUGUUUAUCGUCCUCUAAAUCCUCUGGCGCCCAGCCGAGGAGAAGAUGAUGGAGAAUCAUUCUACACGUGGCUAGAAGGGUUAUGUCUGGAGAAAAGAGUCUUCUACAAGCUUAUAUCGGGACUUCAUGCCAGUAUCAACUUACAUCUGUGCUCAAAUUAUCUUUUGGAAGAAACCUGGGGCAAACCUAGCUGGGGACCUAAUAUAAAAGAAUUUAAACGCCGCUUCGACCCUGUGGAAACCAAGGGAGAAGGCCCAAGGAGGCUAAAGAACCUGUACUUCUUGUACUUAAUUGAGCUGCGCGCUUUACUGAAGGUGGCCCCAUACUUCGAGCGCUCAAUUGUGGAUCUUUACACUGGAAACGUGGAAGACGAUGCAGACACAAAAACCCUCCUGCUGGAUAUCUUCCAGGACACAAAGUCCUUUCCCAUGCACUUUGAUGAGAAAUCCAUGUUCGCAGGUGACAAAAAGGGGGCCAAAUCGUUAAAGGAGGAAUUCCGGUUACAUUUCAAGAAUAUCUCUCGUAUAAUGGACUGCGUUGGAUGUGACAAAUGCCGACUGUGGGGAAAACUGCAGACUCAGGGUUUAGGAACUGCGCUGAAGAUACUGUUCUCUGAAAAGGAAAUCCAGAAGCUUCCAGAGAAUAGCCCCUCAAAAGGCUUCCAGCUCACUCGACAGGAAAUCGUUGCUCUUGUAAAUGCUUUUGGGAGGCUUUCUACAAGUAUAAGAGAAUUACAGAAUUUUAAAGUCUUAUUACAACACAGUAGGUAAUAAAGGCUUUUAUAUGUCUAAUUAGAGACAUAAAGUGACUGUGAGGACUUUUACUCUUGGACAUUCAGCAAAAGGAGACUAAUCUUCAAAGACUUCAAGAAUUCUGAACUCUUAAAGAGAAAAUUCAAAUGUUCACUUGAAUAUUUAUGAUUCCUAAUAGAAUGUCAAUUAGAGGUAUUUAUAAAUGAAGUAUGUACUUUUAAAACAUGUAAGUUAUGCUAAUUCUGUGUUUAAUUUCAUGCGUUUCCAUCUGUUGAAUAUUCUGCUAUUGUUUGUUUAGAAUUGGUUUUGUUCUUACUGCAUUAUGCUUUAUUUCUGGUUGUCAAACUUAAAUGACUAUGUCUCCAUCCUAAUGACACUGUUAACAGUCUGUUGUGAAAAAGGAGAGCCAGGGAACACACAUUGUUUAGGGCUGGUCUCAGUGUGAAAAUUUGUCAGUGACUUUAAUGUGCGCAGCCUUGCCUAGCUCUGUGUCACCUUCUAGGAUAUGGAGUCAGUGUGAUGAGUGGCCUUUUAAGUGUAUAGUUUCAGAAGUUACUUAAGAAUCCCCAGGACUUCAACUUCAGUUUCACUGUUUUUUAUUUAAGUUUUUAGUUGCUGUUGUAGUUUUGUUUCGGUCUAAAGGACCUGUUUCGGUAAAGGUGAGUAAGUAUGUCCCCCGCCAAGAUUUCCUGGCUCCGAGGGUUUUUUACUUAGAGCCUAGGCAUCAGUUGCUUUUGAUUUUGUGUUUCUUUGUUUCUACUCCAAUUUUAGAAAUUUUUAUUUACUCUAAAAAAAAAAAAAAACAAAAACAAAAAAAUAAUUGCAUAAAUAUUUAACAGUUUUCAUCUUGAUAAAAUUUGAAUGGGAUUUUAUGAAUUUAUAAUGCCAAUUUAAAACAUUAUAUACACAAAUUUACUACUUUAAAGUAAGCAUUUUAAAGGUUUUAUUUUGGGACAAAAUCUAUGCAAUCCUCUUAGUGUGAUUUUCUUUGGUAGGAGAUUUAAGUAGGUAGAUUAGUUCAAGCCUUUUACCUUCCCCUCUCCUCGCUCUUUUUCUGGUUCCUUGUAUAUAAAUGGUACUUCGGGUGAUUUGUACCAACAGAUGACUCAUUGUCCUAACAGUCAUUUCCUAAACCUGGGAUUUAAAUAUCCUUGAUAUUUAAAGUAUUGAUUCUUUUAAAAGAUGUUAGUAGGUACAAUGUGGUUAAUUUGGAAGGUUGUCUCUGUGUGGAAGUAAUGUAGGCACAGAAUAGUUUUUCUUAAGGCUCUUCAGUCGUUUGUGAAUAAGUGCUCUUAAACCCCUAUCUUCUCCUGCCAAAGCCUGAGGUGUGUUCAUUGAGUUAGGGGCAUGUUUUAAAUUGUGUUUAGUUGGCUCACCCCUCUUUUAAAAAUAUUUAGUCACCCUUGGAGGGAGAGAUGUGAUCGGAGGGAGGAAAGUCUUGUUAACUAUUUUCUUAUCCAGUUUCUAGCCUUUAUAGAGCUGGGUUUUGUUGUUGAUGGUAGUGGUGACAUUUUUUGUUCAGUUGAGUACAACAGGCUGGCUUGACUGGAGCUGCCUCCACGUUUCCCUUUCAUUUUUAGGGAUGCAAAUAUCUUAUGAUGGGAGAGGGGGACCUUAAGGUAAACUUGUUUAAAAGUGAAUAUGUAAUAUCGCUGGUAAUUAAUAAUUAUUCUUAGUGUUCAUUCAGAGUUUAAGAAAAUGUGAACGUUUUGCACUUUGUCUAUUUUUACUGUAAGCUUAAAAAUCUUUUUGGUGGUGUGUCUUCCCCAUUCUCUCAGCUAAAGAUAAAGCCUAUUAUUUACACUCAAUUUACUGGAGAAAAUCCUUGGUCAUUUCCAUUUACCGCUUUUUUUCUUUACUUUGAUUAGUUUCAAGCUUAGAGUGAGUUCUAAGAAAUUCAGAAGUCAUUAGAAAAAACGUUCUUUUCAGAGUUUAAACAGAUUCUUUCACUACGAAGAAAUAAACAAAUGAAGUAUAUUUAAGCUGAAAUGUAUUUGGUUCGCUUAUUUUACCAUAAGUUAGGCUGGGGCAGCCUGCGUUUUGGGUGUGUUCCUGACAUGAUCUCUGCACUGUGAGACUGUUCCGUGAGCCGGGUGACGUUCCCAGGCUCCUGCGCUCGCCGUUGCCUGGCCCCCUCACCUUUGCCACGAGCAGUGCUGGAGCGGGGCCCGCUCUCUGGGGAGCUUGGCCAGAGCACCUCUGGGCCUUUUGCGUUAUCUCUUCACCUAAUUUGAAAAUCCAGCACUUGAUAAUACGGCAGAAAUGAUUUUAGCUGCUGAUGAAGUAACGAAAUGAAGGAAGGACAAGACCCCUUCCUUCGGUGGCAUGAGUUUAUUUUUUUUCUUAAGUGGCAUCUCUGUUAGAAAUACUCUGUAUUAAAAUUGUAAAAUGUUA